GCAUGCUCAGUCGAGAUUUAUGCACGUGUUCUUUAGAGAUUCCAAUCCAUUUUCUUACAUUGUUGAACGCGCAGGUGUUUUUUUAGUUACAGGAAUACUAAGAAAAUUAAUCCAAGUUAUAAUUUGGUUACAUUCCAACAUAAAUGUAAGAAGUCAAUAAUUGAUAUUAAAUAUUUUCUCUGUAAGAAGGAAAUCGAUUUAAAACUAUUGAAAAGAGGCUUGAGGGGAUUCUGAGCUGCGUUUUCUUGUCAAUUGUGAAUUUGACUAUUGAUUGUCGUGUGAGGAAAAGUGAAUCCGCUCUUUCGUGAAAUGCUGGCUUUUAAUUUUCUGCAUUUCGAGAAUGAAUCAAUGUUUCUGUGGCUCUCGAUCUUGGGUUUGCCGUACGACUUGGGCGUGUACUGGCAACAAUAUCCAUGGGUCCUGGGUGAGACCCUGUGCAAGCUGCGAGCUCUAGGGUCCGAGAUGUCAACCUACACGUCAGUUCUGACCAUCGUGGCAUUUUCCACGGAGCGCUACCUUGCCAUCUGCCAGCCCAUCCACUCAUACACCACGUCCAGCCCCAGGACCGCUCUACGGGUCAUCGCCAUUCUGUGGUGCGUGUCUCUACUAAGCGCCACGCCCUUCGCAGUCUACACCCGGAUCAACUACGUGGAAUACCCCCCAGGUUCCUCAUACCAGGUAGCAGAAUCCGCAUUCUGUGCUAUGUUGGACCAAGCUGUACCAUCUCACUGGCCCAUGUAUGAACUGAGUGCAUUAAUCUUUUUCAUAAGUCCCAUGGUCAUAAUCAUCAUUCUGUACGUCCGGAUGGGAGUCACAAUUCGCAGUCGAAUGAUCAAGUUUCCAGGCGAAACCAAACACCUGGACUCUCGUACUAAACCCAUCAUUAGGAUGCUUGUGGCCGUGGUGAUCACAUUCUUCCUUUGCUGGGCGCCUUUCCACAUGCAACGCCUAUUUUACAUCUACGGCAAGCAAUCGCCCAAUUUUGACAAGAUCAAUGAGUGGGCGUAUUACAUCACAGGGUGUUUCUAUUUCUUCUCCUGCACGGUCAACCCUGUUCUUUAUAAUGUGAUGUCCGCCAAGUACCGCCUGGCUUUCCGAAAGACUCUCUGCUGCGGUAACACUGACAGGAGCAGCAGCACAGAAGCAUCCACUUUCAGGGACACCACAGUCAUCUACGUCAAUGAUCAUUUUGAUCACUGCAGGUCUGCCAACGGUGAAGAAAUGAGACGAUUCAAGUCAUCGAACAGACAUUCAAGAAACAGCGAUGUUCCCACUAGCUCGGCAGAGGAUAUAACACUCAACAAUCUACAAUAUAAGUCAUCAUCAGUGAAAAGGACGUCGAAAGAACACGUCAACAUAAACAUUUUUGAUACACUAAGAGGCCCUCAUUGCACUGGUGAGAAGGUGGAAUGCCGGGGUGGUGAUUCUGCUUCAAAUAAAACACUCUACUGUGAUGACGUCUCAGAUGUAAUCAUCAGUAUGGACGUUUCAUCCAACAGCGGGAGAAAUGUGUACGCAACUUCUAAAGCUUGGCCCGAGACCUUAAAAUUGCCAAGGAGCCAAAGCCAGAAAUUCAAAAUGAUCCCAAAACCAGCGAGAAUAUAGAAGUAUCCAAGUCUUGUCUGAUUUGUGCAAUAGCGUAUUAACCGACAAUUGUUUGUUGAUGGCUUCAGCUAUAUUAUUAUAUUAUGAUUUCUGUCUUCUGGGUUGUUGCGCUGUGUAGUCUGGUCGAUGUUAGCCAACGUUUCAGAGGUCAU